CGUGGUCAGACGGACGGCUACAAUAAUGGUGUCGGUAUAUGGAUUGAGACAUCUUUUGCCAUAUCAGAUCUCGAGCAUGACCCAAACAAUUGUCUAAAAUAUUUCGCUGCUUGAGAGGCCAGUGAUCUUAUUUGGGAAUAACUAGUGAUGUGAUGGAGAUGCAUCAGAUGCAGGGUUCAUCGUCAGCUGGCAGCAGCAAACUAGAGGUCAAGGAUGCCCAGCCUGCUGAGAGCAGCAGCAGCAGCAUCCCCAUGAUGGUGAGCAUCAUGGCGCCGUCCACAAGCACAACGGCGGAGCAGCGUGUGCCCGUCGACCUUGUCCUCCUUCUCCACGUCCACGUACGCUUCAAGGCACCGAACAAGUGGCAGGAUCUGUUCAUGGAGGCCGUGAGGGUGGUCAUGGACAAGCUCGACGACAAGGACCGGCUCGCCGUCGUGCCGGGCGGCGGCGGGAGCAGCAUAUCCAAAGAGUCGCUCAAGUACACGGAGACCUUGCUGCCAAUGUCGUCCGACAACAAGGCCUCCUGCUCCGACGCCGUGAGAACGGCGAUCCAAAAAUGCGACAACUCGCUGGUGAGAGCUCUGGAAUCGGCCAACUCGAUCUUGCAUGGCCAGGGUGGUUACAGCAGUGACGAGAAAGAGAGGCGUGCGGGCUACAUCAUGGUCAUCUCCAACAGCCAGGAGGACAUGGCGUCCUUGGUCACCUGGAGGUUCCGGUCCGUGCUGGCCUUUGGAUUCCGGGACGCGCGCAAUGCUCGGACCAUGGACGCCAUCUCCAGAAGCCGGGACUGCACUUACGCCAUCUUGGACGACGACCGGGGCCGGGUCACCGAGGCCUUCGCCGGCACCGUCGACAGGAUCAUCUCCGGCGAUGCAAACAGGGCGGUUGAGGUGGAACUGGAGUACGUCGGCCACCAGGAGGUGGUUAUGACCAAAGUCGUAGCUCCUCACGUCAGCUACUUCGUCUCAUACGACAAGAGGAAGAUCUGGGCCAGCGCGCACCUGCCGGGCUCUGGCGCGGCCAUCAGCUUCAUCGUCGACCUGAGCCUGACCCCCGUCCCACCGGCUGAAGUCGACCUGUCGGGGCUGGUCACCGUUCGUGCCAAGUACGGCCAUGCACCGGAUGACACGCUCGACAGGCAGCAGGCGCUCACCGUGAACCUCAAGGGCGGAUGCGGAUGCGGAUCCAAAGAGGUGGCGGCGGAGAUGGUACGGAUCAAGGCCAUUGAGAUCGUCGACGAAAUCACCAAAGACGACGAGACUGACCCGGAGAAGCUCCACGCGCUCGCGGACGAGCUUUCCGAACGGUGGGCCGACCUCAGCAAGUCCCACGGCGACAUCAUGUCCAUGCUCGACGCGCAGAUGAGAGAGAUGGAGAUAAGGCUGUACAACAACUACUUGUGGCUGGAGUACAUGCUCUCGUGGAGGUCACACCAAUGGUGGCAGCUGCCUCUGCCGCGAAUGUUCAUGGAGGAUCCUUUCGUGCGGCUAACAGUCUCUGCGACGGUGGAUGACGCUUCUACUACGCACCGGCGGCCGGUUCUGCUGCGCAUCGUGGCGCCAGAGGCGGGGUUGGCCAAGGCGAAGCGCUAUCCCGUUCACCUGGUCGCCGUGCUGGACGUCAGCGAUGAGGCUGGCCAUGGAACCAACGACAAGCAGGUGGAGGAGGAGAAAACGAGGAGAAGGAUGGCGCAGCUGGCGGAAGCCAUGAAGCUGGUCAUGGACAAGCUUAGCCACAAGGACCGCCUCGCCAUCGUACCGGUGCAAUCUCAUUCUUCCGCCGCCGCCCGGGCCGGGCCAUAUCCACAUGCAGCUGUAGCUGGCUUCUUGGAGAUGUCUGAAGAAGGGCGGAGUGAGACAUCCGCCAAGGUGCAGUCCCUCGUCGACCAAGUCCUUCAGCACACGGCCUCAGCUAACAACAAGACCUCGCACCAGUUCAAGAAGUCCAUGGAGCACGUAAGAAGGUGGUUCUACAUCCCCUCAGUCAACGAGGCCAUCCCCACAUUGCCAGCCACCGGAACUCAACGCAGAGCCUCCACAAGUGAGCCAUUGGCUGAAGAUGGUGGCAACAUAGGCGUGUGGAAGGCAUUAGUGGAUGCGGUAAAGAUAUUGGACGAUCGGGAAGAAACAGAGAAAUACCACCCGGGCUUUGUCAUUGUCAUCUCCAACAGCGGCGACAAGUCGAUUCCCCACUCGCAGGAAUCUUUGAAGCCCAAGUACGUCGUACACGCCUUCAGCUUCCACAACAGCGACGCGCGUACCACCAGGGACAUGCACUACCUCGCCAGCAGCUCCCGUGGCAUAUACGCUAGCCUCCACGACCACCGCAACCAGCUCACCGAGGCCUUCACGGCCUGCAUUAAGAGAAUCACUUCCACCAUUGGCGUCCAGACAAAGGUUGAAAUCAAGUGCAGCCACCCCAGCGUUUCGUUAUCUACCAUUGACUCUGGUGAGUUCGGGCCUCAUAUCGGUGAAGACGGCAGGUCUGUCUCCAUAGAGGUCGAUAACCUUUACGCCGGUACGGCAAAGAACUUCAUGUUCUACAUGGACAAUGCUCGCGACAACCUGUCCGAUCUCCUUGAAAUUAAAUUCAAAUGUGGAGGGAAUGUAGAUGAUCAAGUGGUGGUCGUCGAGAACGGGAGUGAUGGAUCUGCAGAGGUGAUAGAGGAUAUGGCGCGUGCCGAGACAUGCAAAAUCAUAUGCGAGAUUGCUGAUCCCUAUUACGAUAUGGUGGCGGAGAAGUUGCACAAGUGUCUCAAGCAGGCUUCCAUGAAGGCACAAGCUGCUGGCGAUGCUCCCCUCGCAGGGGAGAUGGAGAAGAUGGCGGCCAUCCUGCACAGGAAGAUGAGGAACCAAUAUCCGGAUGCGGUUGAUCCGAGUUACGUUAAAAAGCUUCUAGAGGACAGGCUGUCCAACAUGCUCUCCUGGUUGUCUUUUCAAGCCUUGUCUGAGCAGCCACCCAGGAUACCAUGGCGCAGUUCUUUUCAGCCGGAGCUUGUCCACAACUAUCCACACAAGAAACAAGAGUGAAAAAAAAGGCUCGGACAAACUGCAGUUCAGUUCCUUCUGUUUCUGUUGUGUGAGUUUGUUAUCUAAUUUAUGUGAUGAAAAGGCUAAAAUGCCCUGGUAAUGAAAUUUUGUGCUCACCUAACGGACAUUGAGUUAUUAUGUACUGUUUUUGCCA